CACAGGCCUAUUAGGAUGGCCAGAGGCUGGUUACUGCUGACUGAGGACCCAGCUAUGGAGGCAGUAGUCUGGUUUGGUACACACUGCUGCUUUACUGGAGUGUUGCCGUCAGAGCAGGGCAGCCAACUAACAGCUACGCUCUCCAGCUGUUUUGCAGGCAGUGCAAAGGCUCUGGAUGUUGACCGAACUGUUCUUUAUAAAAUGAAGAAAUCAGUAAAAGCUAUAAAUUUGUCUGGGCUGGCUCAUGUGGAAAAUGAAGAACAGUACACCCAAGCAUUGGAGAAAUUUGGAGGCAACUGUGUCUGUAGGGAUGAUCCAGGUUUGGGGACAGCAUUUUUAAAAUUUUCUGUGUUCACAAAGGAGUUGACUGCUCUCUUCAAAAAUUUGAUUCAAAAUAUGAACAACAUAAUCACUUUUCCAUUGGACAGUUUGCUGAAAGGAGACCUAAAAGGAGUGAAAGGGGACCUGAAAAAACCUUUUGAUAAGGCUUGGAAGGACUAUGAAACAAAAGUUACGAAAAUAGAGAAAGAGAAAAAGGAGCAUGCUAAGUUACAUGGAAUGAUUCGUACAGAAAUAAGUGGAGCUGAAAUAGCAGAAGAAAUGGAGAAAGAAAGAAGGUUCUUUCAGCUUCAGAUGUGUGAGUACCUGCUGAAAGUCAAUGAAAUCAAGAUUAAGAAAGGCGUUGACUUGCUUCAGAAUCUGAUCAAGUAUUUUCAUGCACAGUGCAAUUUCUUCCAGGAUGGACUGAAAGCAGUUGAAAGCCUGAAGCCUUCAAUGGAAGCACUCUCAACUGAUCUUCACACAAUUAAACAAGCACAGGAUGAGGAAAGAAAACAACUAAUACAGCUUAGAGAUAUUUUAAAAUCAGCACUCCAGGUUGAGCAGAAAGAGUCUAGGAGAGAGUCUCAAAUCCGUCAGAGUGCAGCUUACAGUUUACAUCAGCCUCAGGGAAACAAAGAACAUGGCACUGAAAGAAAUGGUAGCCUGUAUAAGAAAAGUGACGGAAUCAGAAAAGUGUGGCAGAAAAGGAAAUGCUCCGUUAAAAAUGGUUUCCUUACAAUUUCCCAUGGUACAGCUAACCGACCUCCUGCAAAACUCAAUCUGUUAACUUGCCAAGUGAAAACAAACCCAGAGGAGAAAAAAUGUUUUGACCUCAUAUCACAUGACAGAACUUAUCACUUUCAAGCAGAAGAUGAACAAGAAUGCCAAAUAUGGACAUCUGUGCUACAGAACAGCAAAGAAGAAGCUUUAAAUAAUGCAUUCAAAGGUGAUGAUAACACAGGAGAAAAUAAUAUUGUCCAAGAGCUGACAAAAGAAAUUAUAACAGAGGUUCAGAGGAUGACAGGAAACGAUGUGUGUUGUGACUGUGGAGCGCAAGAUCCUACCUGGCUUUCAACAAAUCUGGGAAUUCUAACUUGUAUUGAAUGUUCAGGAAUCCAUAGAGAACUUGGUGUUCACUACUCCAGAAUGCAGUCACUGACGUUAGAUGUGCUGGGAACAUCUGAACUUUUGCUUGCCAAGAAUAUUGGGAAUGCUUGUUUUAAUGAGAUUAUGGAAUUUUGUCUGCCAGUUGAUGAGACAAUCAAACCUAAUCCGAGCAGUGAUAUGAAUGCAAGAAAAGAUUAUAUUACUUCCAAGUAUAUUGACAGAAAAUAUGCAAGGAAGAAGCAUGUUGACAAUGCAGCUAAACUGCAUGGCCUCUGUGAAGCAGUCAAAGCAAGAGACAUUUUUGGAUUGGUUCAAGUAUAUGCUGAUGGUGUGGAUCUGACUGAAAAAAUUCCACUAGCCAAUGGACAUGAGCAAGAAGAAACAGCACUUCACCUUGCAGUUAGAUCGGUUGAUCGAACAUCACUUCACAUAGUUGACUUUUUAGUGCAGAAUAGUGGUAACCUUGACAAGCAAACAUCUAAGGGUAGCACAGCUUUGCAUUACUGCUGUUUGACUGACAAUGUUGAGUGCCUCAAAUUGCUGCUGAGAGGGAAGGCUUCUAUUGAAAUAGCCAACGAAGCUGGAGAGACACCACUUGAUAUAGCUAAACGUUUAAAACAUACACACUGUGAAGAGUUGCUUACUCAAGCAUUAUCUGGAAGAUUUAAUUCUCAUGUUCACGUUGAAUAUGAAUGGCGAUUACACCAUGAAGAUCUGGAUGAAAGUGAUGAUGAUGUGGAUGAAAAGUUGCAGCAACCCAGUCCUAAUCGAAGAGAGGACAGGCCUGUCAGUUUCUAUCAGCUGGGACCAAACCAACUUCAGCCUAAUGUAGCGUGUUUGGCAAGAGAUGCAGCAAAUAUUGCCAAGGAUAAACAAAGAAGUUUUAUGCCUAGUAUAUUACAGAAUGAAACCUAUGGAGCAAUACUUAGUGGCAGUCCACCUCCCAUUCAAUCUGCAGUACCUGUUACUACAAGUGCACCUCCCCUACCGCCAAGGAAUAUUGGCAAAGUGCAGCCUUCAGUUCUUGGGAUUGGUGUUCAUACAACUUCAUUUAAUACAAUGUGGAAGACAAAUUCAUUAGGAGUGGAAAAUAUAAGCAGACAGAGAUCUUCAUCAGAUCCGCCAGCUAUUCAUCCCCCUGUGCCACCAUUGCGUGUAACAUCUACAAAUAUACUCUUUCCAGCACCACCACCUCCUGUUGCAAAGACAGCCAGUGUUAUAGAAGCUUUAAACCAGCAGUCAAAACAACCACCAGCUGUUCCACAAUCUAAACCUACACCACCUCCAUUGCCUCCACAACCUCCGAGUAGACUCUCUCAAAAGAAGCCUGCGACUGGGAUUGACAAGUUAUCUGGUAUAACUCACAAGGGGCAGCCUAGAGGACCAGGAUCUCUGCAACAGUCUGGAGAAUCCUCUUCUGUAUCUGAGGCUUCUGUAACACAAACUGGUUCUAUAGCAAGCACUUCAACACAGAUCCAACCACCAGCACCAAUGCCAAGGAAGUCACAAAUGUCAAAAACUAAACCCAAGAGAGUAAAAGCCAUUUACAACUGUGUAGCAGAUAAUCCAGAUGAACUAACCUUUUCAGAGGGAGAUAUCAUUGUAGUAGAUGGAGAGGAAGAUCAGGAGUGGUGGAUUGGCCACAUUGAUGGGGAGCCUAAUAGGAAAGGCGCUUUCCCAGUCUCAUUUGUGCACUUUAUUGUCGACUAAAUUGCUUCUGACAUGUGGAGACAUUUCUAAUUUCCAGCUGUUGUAGAAAUCUGUUUUGAUUUGUUCCAAUCAGAACACUUCCUGAUUCCUGUGUACUUUACCUGACCUAUUAUUACCACAGUUCUCACUCUCUGGAACUUAAACAGAUUUUUUUUUCUGUGUAGCUCUUCAUCAAUUUUUUAAAAUCUUUUUCAAGGUGAAGUGCAAAGCUUUACAGAAAGGUGUUCAGGAGUCUGUGAAUGUGUGCACAUUAAAAUAUUGCAAACAACUUACAGUAAAUCGAGUAACUUUGUAGAACAAGGCAGCAAAUUCUGCUAGCUCCCUCUACUGUUUUAAAUUUUAGAAUGGAAUCCUAAAACCUGAGUAGUUCUAAAUAGGUAUUCAGCUCCUUGCAAUAUCAGGCUCUAACCAAGGACAUCAAUAUGUGCAAAAGAAGAAAUCUUGAACGCUUGAACUUGGGUGAUUUGGCAGGUAAAGCUAAAAAGCUUUUCAGUUCACCACUGAAGUAGACUUCUUUCUUUCAUUCAGAUGUAAUGUGGAUAUUUGCUUAAAGUUGUCUGAAAUCUUUUAGCUAAUUUUAAUGAGCUUGAACCUGUUUCAUUUAUGCUACAUGUAUAUGUAACUUGUUUUGAAAUGUCCUUUCUGUAUUUACAACCAUUUUUAGUCAUAUUAAUUUGACUACGUCUGGUUAAUUAAACCUCUUAGCAAUAUUAUUGAGUUACUAAAUUAACUCAAGCAUAUGAAAGCUGCAUUUCCUGAAAUUUACUUAAAACCCUGUAAGGAUGGUGGAUUGCAGAGCAUUUCUUAAAAACCAUUUCCUUAUGGUGUUUAGACUUUUUGUAUUCUUGCUUUUUCUUGCUCACAGUGACAUGUUCGUACACAAAGAUUAUCUUUAGUGGAACAUUUGAAUAUUCUACUGAAUAAGGAUAAAUAUUGGCAAACUCGCAAGUAUGCAUCAGUUAUGUCCUAUUUCAUAUUUUUUAAAGUGUACCACUACCUUGCAAACAAUUAAAUACUAGUUUGCUAACUCACUCUGUAUUUAUAUAUAAUAUACCCACAUCGAUGGUAGCUACACUGUUAAACUUGUUUACUAUUUUGUGAACAAAAGACUAGGCCGUUCAUAAUUCCCAGUUGAUUGAUGGAAUAUUACAAAACAUCAAUAGAGAGCUAACGUCAUUUUGAUGUUUGUAUAUUGUGAUAUUGUACUGGUUCUUUUGUUUAUGCUACAGGAAAAAACUGAUAGCAUAGGAUUAGAAAUUAAUGUCUAGGUCACAUUGGCUUUGAUCACGUUUUGUGACUAUUGUAUCUCUAGAUUUAUCAAGAGAACUUUGAAUUUCUGACAAAUUGUGUCUGUUGGCCUCAGUGUUAUAACAGGGAUGAAAAAGGCCAAUGUUUUAUAUUAAGAAAAAUUGGCAUUAAUGCUAGAAAAGUAAAGCUGUUGAUCUCACCUUUACAUCAACUUUUAAAAAAUGGUACAAAUGAUAGACAAGUUGUCGUCUCUGUGAGAAGCUGUUGCUGCAUUAUAAAUGGAACAAACUGGAAUGUUUCAGGAUAUUUUGUUGCAAGUUUUGAAGAUAAUUAGUCUGCAUUUUCAAAGUUCCCAAUGAAAUAUAUAUUAGUAAUAGUGUAGCACUACAGUUUUAUUCACUUAUUGAUAUGUUCAGAGUUUUUUUAAACACUAUUUUCUAUGUUUCUAGAAAGUAAAUGAACAUUAUUUUGCACAAUUCACUUCUCCCAUGUACAGUAUUUUUAAUCAGAAUCUUGUAGAAUCUAUAACAGCCUGCAAUCAGUCCUGAUUAUCUGGCAUCAAUUACAUCAUAUGAAAACAUUGAUGCAAAUGUAACUUCAGCUACACUAGAAAGUGUGCAAACUUUUAAAUUUUAAUCAUGUUAAUUAUGUUUGUGAUCAAGUAAUUUUUUUCAGGAUAGAGUUUACUAGCACUGUGUUGAUGGUAACUAAGAUCUUACUGUCCCUUGAAGAAAUUUUGCCCCAGGUUUCAACAGUAUGCACUCUGUUUUUGCUCCUCUGUGGGAAGAAAAUUGCAGUAGAGAUUCUGAACAGACUGUAGAUAUAUAUUAAUAAUAAAAAAGUUACUUAAUUUUAGUUCCCAAAAUUUUGGCAUGUUUUCAUCAAAGCUGACUGACUUCAAGAGAUUAUGAUGCAGAAAUCUGUUACUGGGCAGAUUAGUAGGUUGCUGUGUUGUUUUUAAAAGGAACAGUUGACAUUUAAAAUGCAGCUUUAGAAUGGUAUUUGAGAUGUAUUAUAUUCAAUUCAGUUGUUUUAUUUUGUUUGGUUGCAGAGCAACUGUAUAUACUGUAUAACCUAAAUCAACUCUUAUUUUCAAUGUCCUGGAUGCAGUGAUUUAUAAUUAGAGCAUGAUUAAUAAAUUUACUCUUGUUAACCAGUCAAAUGACUGCAAAAUAAAACUACUUUUAAAAUCA